AUGCAAUCCCUCGAGGAGAGAUACAAGUACGCGCCUGGCGCUGCGAUGUUCUGCGAUGACGGCGAAUCAUUCGACGCAUCGACGCCAUCGCUGGCGCGUUCAGUGACACCCCCACCCCUCACCGUACCUGCUGCCUGUAACCCUGGCUACCCCGCUUAUCCUGGCCCACUCAUGGGUUAUCCGCCGCCGGUGCCACCGCUGCCGUCGCCCGCCCCCGUGUUCGUUGUACUGUGCUACAGAGGGGAGCGCGCGCUCGUCAAACACGAUAAGAAUAGUACCUAUGAGGACAUCUUGCGUUUGGCGCGGACACUCUUCCCUAACCUCACCGCAUGCAACAGCAAGAUCCAGCUGAAGACGGACGUCGAAAUCGGCACAGGCUUUCGGUCCAAGGCGAAGUUUGUGCGCGUACGCAUUACUCCGGAGGCGUGGCCUCAAGUCGUGACACCUGGUCCGUCUUCCACUGAGGUUGAGAUCUGCGUCAAGGGAGGGUGGAAGCGGUUCUUGGGAGUUCGCGUGUGA